AUGCUUUUGUCAGAUUUGCUAAAAGCAAAUUUGACUGAAGGCUUUGGCCACAAGCAUGAUUUGCGAUUGUGUGCCCUUCUUCCUGUUGCCACCUUUGUGAUUUGGUUCCCGCCAACUCGGACAAUGCGCGCUGAAAAAACCAACGGCUAUAAUUUGCUUGUGCCACGAGAAUACCGGGUCGUGUUGCCCUGCAAGGCAGAUGGAAGCACAGUGCCGCCCCAGCUACUCAAUGCAGUGUUGGCUGGUGGUGCGGUCGUGCGGCAGGGCCGUGUCGUCCUUCGGGGAUUGCGCCUGGUGAAGGCGCUGCGCCUGGGUAAAGCUGUCGGACUGGCUGCAAGUGCCCUGGCCGUCGGAAAUGCGCCAAAUUCCGGAGAGAUUGGUGUGGCGAGCGCACAGAUUUGUUGCCGCACCAUAGGCGCAAGCUGGGCCAAUCUUGGCGGCUUUGUUGGCCAGGCAAUAGCUGGGAGCUUGCUGGAUGAUGGUAACGCAUCAACUGCAGUAGCAACCGCUGCGGGCGGGUGGGCUGGCGGACUUGCAGGCAGUGGCGUUGCAGCAGCUGCGGCGUCGAGCAUUGGCAUCGAGGCGCUGGGUGGUGGAUACGUGGCUAGUGGCUUGGUGGUGUGCGGCUCGCUGAGCGCGGUUGGAGCCGUGGCAGGUGCGGGAUUGGCAUUUGCGGUCAAGCGGCUCCUGGCCGACCAGGCCGGCGCACAAGCAGAUCGAACCUCGGACUACUACGAUUGUCCGCUCCGCUUGCUAGGGAGCGCCGAUGAUGUGUUUCACCUCUUCGGUGCAAGUUUGGAAUUUCCUCCAGAAGAUGGACUUGGCGGCCCAGAAGAAGACAUGCCGCGUCUGGCCGCUGCGGGUUGGUAUGCUGUCAGGGUGCAGCCAGGGACAGCCAUGGAAUAA